AUGGACCGCUCUCAGCCCGCGUCCUCCAACUUGAUGGACAUCCACAAUCGCCUCAUCGCCGAUGUUCUCACCAGAUAUCGCACCCUCAUGAUGCUGGCUACCGUCCAGGCAGAGGGCGAGCGCAACAACGCCACGCCAGAGACCAUGGCCGUGGCCGGCAUUUCCAUGAAGAUGGAAUUUGACGGACUAUACUCAUCCAUCAAGGAGCUCCUCGCCCUCUCCCGCCGCAUCAAGGAGCUCUGGGUUUUUGGCCCUCUCGGCAAAGGAGACCCCGACCACCAGGCCCGCGAGGCCCAGCUCGACCGCGACGUCGCCCAAGUCUCGUCCCUGCUCAACGGCAUCGAGGCCGCCGACAUGAAGGCGCUGGCCGAGCGCCACGGCGGCGUCUGGGCUCGUCUCUCCAAGGACACCCCCGAACUGCCUCCGACAUCUGCGACUGCGGCCACGGGUCAUGGCGGGCGGUGA